AUGUUGGUUAUGAGGAAAUGGAACAAAUUUGGACAUUGGUGGUUUUGGUGAGUUUUGCUGGUGUUCAGCAUUUCAUCGAUAUUCUUUUGACUAAUAACAUAGCAGCAAAGACAAAAGCUAUCAUAGCCUACGAUAAAAAAAGUGUAGUCCACUACAAUUCUGUUGUCAGUUGUCGUAAAGCUGUUCCUCAGCGCUACCCUCAGCCUGAACCUGAAACAGCCAACAUUUUGAGACGCCACCGCUGGUUUCUCCGCGAAAUGUCGUCUUAGAAACGAGCGCAGAAAUUCCAUAGUGAUGAAGUGUCAUUACUCAGAUCAGAGCAGUGCUUCUGAUUGGUCGUGCCGCGAGGGAAAUUUGCUUCAGCCAAUCAGAAACACUACUCAGAUCUGGGUAGUGACACGUCAUCAGUAUGGAAUUUCUCCGCUCGUUCCGGGGACCUCAUUUCGUUUGAAACUAGUGGCUGGCUUACGAAAUGUCGCUUGUUUUCUCAGGUUACACUUCCCUUCUUCUUACUGUUUUCACCAUGUUCUUAAAGUCAUUGGGCUAAGGUGGCAAGAUUGAGCUUGGAACAAGGUAAUACUUUCCUAUUUUUUUCCGUUGCAGCGUUCAGGCGGCUUUCUACGUACUGUUUCUACUAGUGUUGUCCUACGCGCUUAUUUACGGCUCAACAAGAGAAGAUCCAACUCAAUACAGUGGAAAAGCAGACGGACUUCGACUGUUUUGCGAAAUUACCACCAUCAUUUUUCUAAUGUUCUACUCUUUCGAGGAAGUCAAUCAAGCGGAAAGGUGAGUUCUCAAAAUUGUAAGCUUACCCCCAUUUUCGAUUCCUAAUGACGAAAGGAUUAAACUAUAUUAAGAUGUGGAAGAAAAAAAUUGAAUAGAAAGGUUAUUAAAUUACAGUCGAACUUAAACAAGUGGACACCUCAGAUGGGCGGUGGACACCUCCCUGAAACGGACGACACUUGUUCAUACAAACACCGCGGCUUUAUUUGUAUCCCCAAGCGGACACCCGUCAUAAGUGCACACAUGUUCAUGGUUCCAACCACUAUAAACACUAAUUUCUAAACUCCCUUAAGGGGGGGACACCUCCCCUAAGCGAACACUUUUCCGGGCCCGGAGGGUGACUACUUAUCGGAGGUUCGACCGUACAUUUUCUUCAGUUUUGGUAGGUAGGAUGUAACAUAAAAAGCCGUUAUCACGUUUUAUUGUGCCCGGUCCUUUCCGUUUUUCUAAGGGACAAAUGAUUUAAAACUUUGCUCCUUAUAAUGAAGUGCGAAAGACACGAUGACCUCUAGUGACCUCUGUAUUAACGAGACAUUUGUUGUUAUUGGAUUAAAUGUUAACCUGACUCUUGUUUAGGGCAAACUACGCGACGGAGCACACGCUUAGCUGAUAACAGUGUUGAUUUACUUUUGUGUUUCCUUUGUCCAGAGAAUGGAACUCUUAUUUCAGGGAUCCCUACAACUAUUUUGAUUGGCUGGGGCUUGUGUUGAUGUUCCUUGUCAUUCCUCUACGGUUUGCUGAAGUCCAGUCUCAAUGGAGUGUCGCUGGACUCGGCUACUUGUUCAAUUUUCUCAGGCUCUUCAAGUUCUCCUGUGUUUCAAGGUAAUGCAUUUUGUUGGAACAGCGUAUUCAAACGCGCACUAAUACAUAUUAUAGCAAUACUUUUUGGUUCUUUGUGCCACAGGAAGGAGGGUAGGAUCUCCCAACGUGGUAGUCCUGUGAUUUACGUUCCUCACAGUAGUAAACUGUUACCUUUUUUUGGCAGAACCACAGGCCUCUACACGAAGACUCUCGCCAAGAUAAUUUACAGAGACAUCACUCGCUUCAGUGUGGUAUUCCUUAUCGUUUUUAUUGGAUUCUGCGGAGCUAUGUUCAUGGCGCUGAAAGCCACAGACAAACAAGAUCUGUUCACGUAAGAUGCUUCUCUAUUGUAAUCACAACAUGAGGCCGAUUAAUUCGGUUGGUGGAGCUAUAGGGUCGGAGAUCAAAAGUUUUGACACUGUCAUCCUAUUGUUGGUGUUAUAUAGACCUUGUCACGGUUUUCGACGCCAUCUUGACGAGUAGGCAAACGUGUGAGAAAUUACAGUGUUUGUAUGAGAAUCUAAUGUCGAAUAAUUUCCGUAAAACGGCUGUUCUGAACAAAAUAUCAACUGUAAACUAAAGCUACAAAGCAAAGGAUUGUCCAAAAAAAAAAUUGGGGGCGUACCUGUGCUUAAAUUUCUCCAGAGGCUUGCUUUAGAUUUUCCAUAUAUUUGUCUGUAAUUUUCCCUGGACUUUCUUACAGACAAAUGUAUAGAAAAUUUUAAAAAGUGGUUCUAAGUCUUCUAGUGCAUGUAACGCCUUCAAAGUUUAUCAGGAGAAUCCUUAGGAGUGAAGCUUUAGUUUACAAUCACAUUUUUUUCAGAACAGCCGCUCUACGGAAAUGAUUCGACAUUAGAUUCGCAUACAAUCACUGUAAUUUCUCAUGCGUUUGCCUACUCGUAAAGAUGGCGUCGAAAACCGUGACAAGGUCUAUUGCAGUGAAUGGAUAAUUCUGUCCGGGGAAUUCUCCAGAAUCGGGCCUUCUCACUUGGUACUGAGCUAUUUGGUUAGACUUGAUGCUUUAGUACUCCAGGGGUAGUGGCAAUGCUCAAAAUGUAAUGUAAGCGAAACCCUUCUCAUCCUACCUUGAAACUCACUUAACUCUUCACAGUCCUCUAUUUUCUAGUAUUUUAAUUGACGAAGGCGCCAUGCCAUGCCAACUGACGCGAGUGUCAAAGCUCGGCGCUAAGGGGUUGGGCGACUGGAUUUUUUGCUUGCUCGCCCGUCCCAGACCCCACUCUCUGGUGCUUUGCGCUUACCCUUGUUUUGUUUUCUUUGUCGCCAUUUGCGACGAAAGUGGUGAGACUGAACAAUCUUGAGAAGCACGUGACGUCCUUCUGCCAUGGAGAUCAUUUCUGGCUUGACGUUUAUGUUUGCAGGUACACUAAUCUUGCGUUUUAUUUUUCUUUCUUUUUCAAGGAAUUACCUCUGGUUGAUGCUGGCCGCUGUAAGAGCUCUUGUUGAACAGCAACCCGUAGAAGAAGACUAUUCUAAGUUCAGGUAAACAAUAGGAGGAAAUCCAGCUUCCACUACAUUUUAAAUUUUAUGUAGAGUAUACGCUCAUUAUCUAGCUUUAGUAGAUUAUACGCUCGUUUUCUAGCUUUACUAGAGUAUACGCUCGUUAUCUAGCUUUACUAGAGUAUACGCUCGUUAUAUAGCUUAAUUAGAGCAUACGCUCGUUAUCUAGCUUAACUUUAUUCGUACGAACAUGUUAAUACACAAAAGAGAAACAACCGUGCACGGCUUUGAGAUUCGAGAGACUUUUUUGUGUCAUUGUAACACCCACUGUAAUAUUUUCUAUAUUUUCUUUUUUUUUUUUUGUUCACAGCUGGCUGGCAAUCCUUAUUCUUCUUGCCUACAUGGCCAUGGUUAUUGUCAUUCUUCUCAAUGUUCUCAUCGCUCAGCUUAGUUUCACUUACACUGAAGCUAAGAAGAACGCCAAGCUGCAGUACGCUGUCGAUAGAAUGAUCAUCAUCACUCGCUUGGAGCACAGCAGAUUUGCUAGAUUUGUAAGUUUCUACGUCCUUGAGGGUAACAAAGGGCUUAUAAUUUAACCGGCGCUCUUUCAUAACUAACCGCCCAGUGAAUGACGACGCGCAACCUUUUGUAAGAAUCCUUAUUGCUCCUGUAUUAAUUUUAUUGUAUCGCGGCGUUGCGCAAUCUCGUUUGCCCCGAACCGAAGAACAUCGUAAAGGCAGGGUACAAAUUGACUAAGUUGUCCGUCCUCUUUUUACUGUAGAAUCUCCGAGUCAAAUAUUACCAAGAAGGCGAUCGAGUCAGCGAAACUAUGCUCGCUAAAGGUAGGUUAUAAUUAACAGAUCGCUCAUUUUUCGUCUUUUUUAGCACCAGUGUAAUUUCGAUAUAAAGUUGGAAUAAGAACUUUCGGAAAAAGCGUAGCAUGAAAAAGUGCCAUGUAUGUUAUUACUAAUUGCAUAGGAGAGUCAUAGAGUGUAUUUGUGAAUGGAUAGAACUGAAAUAAAGUGAGACGAAACAGUUACUUUAAUUCUCGGAAUCCUGCUUGUGAGGUGAGAGGCCAUCAUUAGAAAACGAGAGGCACUAUCAGUAAGCAGUCGAAUUCAUUAAAGCGAAAAACAAAAGGGGGCUCGCCUACAGGCCGGAUAAGAGAAGCGAAACCCAUCUUACCUCGCUCACUUUCUUUUCCGCUCUUUUCAGCGCCCGCGCGUCUUAUGCGGUAAUAACACGAAAUGGGCGCUGAGAAGGAGCAUGUAGGUAUAUGGGACUUCGCGUCAUUAUGAGUGGUAUUUAUUUUUUUGCUUCGUUUUUAUAUGUGUAGAGAUGCUAGAGUAUAGUGAUGAGCGAAGUCCAUGGGAAUCAAUGGAGGACAAACUUACGUUAAUCAGGUAGGCAUACAAACGAGAGGGUUCCAGUGAAAUGCGCUUUUGGUUACUGUUACACUUUUCCCUCUCAACCUCGGACGUUCGUGAGGGAGGACUGAAGUCAAACAUGUGACAAAUACCUAAAAGCCUUUACCUAGGGGUAGAGAAGCUCAGGUUUUUAGUUGAAAGAAUCGUGUUUUGGAACCGUUGCUUCUGCGAGAACUACUGAAUUGAAAAAGAAAAUCGGGGCAACCAUAUCCUCGCAAGCGUACAGGCAGCUGUCAGCAAGCUGUUAAAUUGUUACCAGCUGGCAUUUGUAUCCCUUUAAUUUUUUUUCUAUUUAUUUUCAGGGACCUGAUGCGAAAAGUGGUCCGAAAAGUGGCGGAAAAGAGCGAGUGA